GGAGAACAAAAGGACUAGGAAAGCUUCAUUGUAGUAGAGUACAAUCCUUGGUUGUGAAAGAGAAUAAUCAUGCUUGAAGAAGUGGAAAUGGAUGGCUCUGAUGAGUUGAGGAUUGUGCUGCUGGGAAAAACUGGAUCUGGAAAGAGCAGUGCAGGAAAUACCAUUCUGGGAAAAAACUGCUUUGAAGAGAUUUCUGCUCCAAAACCUCUCACCAAAGAUUGCAACAGAGAAGAAGGUCCCGUCAAUAGACAGAAAGUUACCAUUAUUGAUACCCCAGGAAUAUUUGACCCUGACAGGCGAUCAAAUGAUCUCAAAUAUGAAAUAGUGUCAUGCCUCGUGGAGUGUGCUCCUGGACCUCAUGCCUUUGUCUUAGUGCUGAGGAUAGGAAGAUACACAAAAGAGGAGCAAGAAUCUGUGAGACAACUACUCAAAUGGUUUGGCAAAGAUGCCCUGAGGCAUACUGUGAUUAUUUUCACACACGGUGAGGACCUACCUGCCAACAGAACAAUCAAUGACUUUGCUAAUGAUGUGGAUUCAUUGAAAAAGCUUGUUCAAGAAUGUGGAAAUCGGGUUCAUGUCUUUGACAACCGGCACUGGAACCCUAAACCACAACCACCACAACAUGCCAUAAUGAACACAUUACUGGAGAGGAUGAGACAGAUGCCAGAGCUUUACAUUGAUGAAGACCGUACGGCACUGGAAUCAAUGCUCUCAACAGAGGAAACCCCAGGGUACAGGACCAACAGCUUUCAGGUUGCAGAGCUCAUGAAAACCAUCACUACUAUAGUGAGAGAGAAUGGAGCCUACACAAAUACAUCACUUACAAAACUGGGGUAUGCCAUAAAAACAGAGGUGGAGAACAUAAAGAAGGAGUUGGGAAUAAAUCCAACACUUGAUGAGAUUCCUGCUAUCAGGAAACGGGCAAGAGAGAGAGUGAAAACAAAAACUUUGAAACAGGUGACAGGAGCAUCAGUUGGAGUGUUACUGGGGGCACUGCUUGGAGUGGGAGUGGGAGUAGCAAUGCCUUUUGUAUUUCUUGGUGGAUUACUGGCCAUACCUUUUGCCAAAAAAGUCCCAACAGUGGACAAUGAAGAAGGGGAAGAUCAAGAUAGAGCAGGACCAGCAAAAAUGUCUGGGGUAGCUGCUGCUGAAGUUGGUGCAGGAUUGAGUGGAACAGCAGUUGGGUUACUGACAGGGUUGGAGAUUGCAGCAGAGGCUGCACUAGGAGCUUCCGCUGCGACAGGAGUAGGAUUAGGAGUAUCUGGAGGACUUCUUGCUGCUGGUGGAAUAGUUACAGGUGGGAUUCUAGGAGCCAAAGCUGCAAGAAGAUCAGAUAAUCCAGAUGAAGCAGCAAAUAAUGCAGUUGAUUCUGUAACCAAGAAGGCAGGAGACAUACUCAAAGCAACUUGGGAAGCGCCACAAAGACUAGCAAAAAAAUGUGGAUCCAGAUAUGAAGAACUCGAAGAUGAAUGAAUAAAUCUUGUAGAUUGUAUCAUGGAAAUGAUCUCCAUGAUCUCACUACAUUAACUUUUUAAAGAUAUAAAUGGUUGUCUUUGUUUUGAGUAGUUAUAGAAGCAUAAUGUUAUUCACUGAACAAAUUUUUGGUAGAUUAUCGUACAUAUACUGAACAAAAAUAUAAACGCAACAUACAACAAUUUCUAUGAUUUUACUGAGUUACAGUUCA